CUCACUCACUGUCAGAUUAGAGUUUAAUCCGAGGAGGAGGAUAUACUGUCAAGACGCUGUCUGCAUCUUGAAAGGACUCGCGCUGUUUUUACACACUAGUAGUCACGAUUCAACGUCUUGCCGCCGUCAUAUUUUCCUACAAUAACUGACCUGCACUUAGAAGAUGAGACGCCAGUGUUCCGCUGCUGUCUUUGUCUGUCCGCCGGUUUGCCAAUACGUUAAGAUGUUAGCUGGCUAACUAGCUGAAAAAGAGUAACUAAAUCGGAUUAGCUGCUAACGGCAGCCUCCCUCUGGGUGACAUCCAGGUAUUAUUUACUGUACUUGACAACUAUCGCACAGCAAAUGAAUUCCUGUUUUUUUCAACCACAUUUCUACAGUUGUGUCAAAAUUACUACUUUGUGCUUUAAUUAUUCGCUAGCAUUAAUGUUGCCGCAAGCUAGCUAGGUUAUUAGCAAGUCAGACCCCAGCAAGGGCUGGACCUCCUCCGCUCACUAAUCUUCACUGUUUGUUAGAAAGAGCAAACAUAAAAGUAGUGCCUCUGACCCCGACCGAAAGUCAAGACGGGGGUGACGGACACACUUAUGUGUUAGCUUGUCUGUGGGCGAGCUGGACUGAGAGCUGUGCAAAAUUUGAACCUCCAAAUUAGCCUCCAGUCGAAGCGAAGAUGUCAGGGAAGGAAAACGACAAACAGGAGAAACAGUCUACAACGGAACGGCUGAUAAAAGCUGUCCCAUACCCUCCACAACACAAACUGACUAUAAAAGAGCUAUUUGAAGAUGGCAAGCCCAAUGCUGAGUUGCUCCGCACCCAUCUUGUCAAGGAGGGAAGGGUGGAAGAAGACGUGGCUCUCAGGAUCAUCAAUGAUGGGGCAAACAUUCUCCGUCAAGAGAAGUGCAUGUUGGAGGUGGAGGCACCUAUAACAGUAUGUGGUGAUGUCCAUGGACAGUUCUUUGACCUUAUGAAGUUGUUUGAAGUGGGAGGAUCACCCAGUAACACACGCUAUCUCUUCCUCGGUGACUACGUAGAUCGAGGAUACUUCAGUAUUGAGUGUGUUCUCUACCUCUGGUCGCUCAAGAUCAACCACCCCACCACACUCUUCCUCCUGCGUGGGAACCACGAGUGCCGGCACCUCACAGAAUACUUCACCUUCAAACAGGAAUGUAAAAUUAAAUACUCUGAACGGGUGUAUGAUGCCUGUAUGGAGGCCUUUGACUGCCUGCCCCUUGCUGCCCUACUCAACCAACAGUUCCUGUGUGUACAUGGUGGACUCUCACCAGAAAUCAACUGCCUAGAUGACAUAAGGAAAUUAGACAGGUUUAAAGAGCCUCCAGCAUUUGGGCCAAUGUGCGACCUGAUCUGGGCUGACCCUGGUGAGGACUAUGGCAGUGAAAAGACAUCUGAACACUUCAACCAUAACUCCGUCAGAGGCUGCUCUUACUUUUUCAGUUACUCAGCAGUCUGUGACUUUUUGGUAAAUAAUAACUUGCUGUCAGUAAUAAGAGCCCAUGAAGCACAGGAUGCAGGGUAUCGGAUGUACAGAAAAAGCCAGACCACAGGCUUCCCUUCAUUAAUCACAAUCUUUUCAGCUCCAAAUUACCUAGACGUCUACAACAACAAAGCUGCUGUGUUAAAAUAUGAGAACAACGUGAUGAACAUUCGGCAGUUCAACUGCUCCCCCCACCCUUACUGGUUGCCCAACUUUAUGGAUGUCUUUACAUGGUCUUUGCCUUUUGUUGGAGAGAAAGUGACGGAGAUGCUGGUGAAUGUACUGAACAUUUGCUCUGAUGACGAGCUCAUGUCGGAGGGAGACGAUCUUUAUGAAGGUGGCACCUCAGCGAUGCGCAAAGAGGUGAUCCGGAACAAGAUUCGCGCUGUGGGGAAAAUGGCCCGAGUCUUCUCUGUUCUCAGGGAGGAAAGUGAGAGUGUGUUAACACUCAAAGGCCUGACCCCAACUGGAACUCUUCCGCUGGGAGUGUUGUCAGGGGGAAAGCAGACCUUACAGACCGCUACCAUUGAGGCAGCUAAAGCAAAAGCCAUUCAAGGCUUCUCUCCUACAAGGAAGAUUCGCAACUUUGAGGAAGCACGUGGCCUGGACAGGAUAAAUGAGAGGAUGCCACCACGCAAAGAUGGCCAGCAGCCAGACGGAACCACCAUCAACACCCCCAACAAGAACGGCACUGAUGGAUAGGCACAGAAACAUCACUCUCCCAUCUUCACACAACCCACAAACCCCAACUGCGCUCUCUCUCUCCCUCUCUCUCUGUCUCUCAAUAUCUUUCUGUCUUUCUUUCUCUGCCUGCCUCCUCUGUUGAAACUGCCUGUCUAUCUUCUGCUCGCCUACAGCUGGGCGGAGAACAGAAGCAGACACAUCAGUGUAUGCAAACAAAAGGAGGCCAUCGUGCUGGGUAAACUCGUUCCAGCUGCUAAAAAAAGAAAAACAAAAAAAAGACAUAAGUUCUGACUAUCUGGGUAAAAAUGUAAUCUUAUUCAUUAAAGAUGAAAGAUAAUAGUUAUAUUGUCUAAUAGCAACAAUCAUUGAUUGAAGACGUUUUACAGUUGUUACAAUGUGUACUGCACACUGAACCUAUACAUGUCAAAGUUAAAAAGAGAAUUUUAUAAAUUUGAGUUGAUACAGAUAGAUGGAGCCCUUGUUAUCCAAGAGUUUUAGUCACUUUAAGUGUGUUUUUUAAUUAUUGUUCUCCAUGUGUUGGAUAAGGGAAAAGUACAAAUACUAUAGCCUCAACAGCCUCAUUCGGAUCUUGCAAGGUUCUUUUCAAGAUAUGUUAGGCACUUGAGGUUCACAUACAGUGCAGUGCAUUCCUGAACGUAUGUCAGUUGAAAAAAAAUAUAUAUAUAUGAGAGGUUGAGACAAUAGUGAGGGAAUGAAAUGUACAAAUCAUCAUUUUAUACUUGAAGCAGAAAUUUCAAAAAGACUUACACUGGUUGGCUGCAACAAUAAAAGCCACUGACAGGUAAAGGGAAUAUCUUUGUCUUGUUAUAAUGGCACCUGACAGAGAGUGAGAUAUAUUAGGCAGUACGUGGACAGUCACUUAUUGAAGUUGAUGUUCUGGAAGCAGGAAGAGCAGUGGAAGGAAGGUCUGAUAAAUCACAAUUCCUUUGAACUCACAUGGAUGGCUGUGUGUGUCUGCCUCAGUUACCUGUACAAGAGAUGACGGCAUGAUUAUUGGAAGAAGGCAAGCCAGUGGAAGCCGUGUGAAGUUUUGGACAAUGUUCUCACACACUGUGGGUCUUGGCACUUAUGUUGAUGUUAAUUUGACACCUAUCUGAACAGUGUUGGAUCAGACGAAGCUCAUUACAUACCCUACACAUCAGUAUUCCCUGAUGGCAGUGGCUUCUUUAAACAGGUUAAUGCCUCCUGCCACUCCACAAACAUUAUUCAGGAAUGGUUUGAGGAGCAUAGCAAUGGGUUCAAUGUGUUGACUUGGCCAUCAAAUUCCCCAAAUCUCAAUCCAAUCGAGCAUCUGUUGGAUGUGUUGGAGGAUCGCCCUAUGCGCCUACGUCUUGGUGCCACCUUCAGAAGUCUGUGAUGUCUGAGCUGUUUUGGUGGCACGAGGUGGGCCUACACAUUAUGAGGCAGGUGGUUUCAGUGUUGCACUUGAUCAGAGUAUAGUCUUAUUUAUAUGUUUCAAAUAAAUCCCCAAAGAUAGACAGAAAAGCUGUCCUGUAUUUGUGUACUAUGAAUGACACGGUGAAAGAGAAGGAUUAAUGCUUUGUGUGAAGGGAUAGUUGGUGUUGCUGACUGUUCUCUGCUGGUUACGACUUGUGUUCACUUGAAGGCAGCUAGGAUGUUCUCUCUCUAAACCAAAAAAGAAGAAAAAGGGAUAUAUAUAUAUAUAUAUAUAUAUAUAUAUAUAUAUAUAUACACACUGACAGUCAUUAAAAACUUUGAGACCAUAUUUUUAAACAUAAUUUUUAUUUUGAAGCCCGAAACUGGAUUUUCUUCAUAUGAAUCAUUUGUUUAGCAUAUUGGCAUACAGAAACAAAAAUCUAAAGUUUCAAGAAUGAUUUCAAAAUAAAGAAUUUCACAAAAGAAAACGGCACCUGCCAAACACAAAGUCACAACUGUCAAUACCGACUAUGGCCUCCAUUUGCUUGGAUGCAGGCAGCAAUCCGUCGGCGCAUGCUUUGGACCAGGCUUCUGAUUGUGGGUUGGGAACAGCCCAUACGCCUGGCUACAUCACUGUAGCUCAAACCGGCCUCCACCAUCCCCAGUGCCCGGAGACGUUGUUCAUGUGAUAGACGCGGCAUGAUGCUGUUCACUGGACUAACAAUGGUGGCCUUUUUUGGGCCUUUAUAUAGGCCUUCAAAACCCAUUCUCACAUUGUGCAGAUACUCACUGAGUAUGGCUUGGUGUGUAUUUGGUUCACUUUUGCAAAGUGACCAACCCAUGUGCAAUGAAUCAUGACAAAAUGACAACUCAUCAUUAUCUCAACUACCAGGGCACUAGAUCAUCAGUAAAUCCACAAUGAAUAAUUGCAACCCCCCUACAAGUAGAAUUCUGCGUACAUUUCUACCUCAAAGUUUCUAUUGACUGUCAGUAUAUAUAUAUAUAUAUAUAUAUAUAUAUAUAUAUAUAUAUAUGUAUAUAUACACACACACACACACACACACACUUUGUCUUAUUCUAUCAUCAGGCCCAUCAACACUUCAGCGUAGUUGAAAAGACUUCUGAGCGCUGGUUAAAGCAGCCUUUCUUGGGCUGAACACUGCAGGCGAAGAAAAACUGUUCUCAAUUAUUCUCAAUACUCAACUAUUCUCUUCAGUUAUCGGACGAAAGAGGAAAUAUUUGCUUUUUUUUUUUGUUCCACGAAGCAGUGGCCCUGCUGCCGUACUGUCCUCACAACAGACUGAUCAUUAUUAUGUGGGAUAUUUCUGUGUAUUUAACAGAGUUUUGGCAGUUUGAUUUGAUGUUCAAUUGUAAAACACUAAAAAAAACACAGGUGAAGUGCUUUCAGGGCUUUCCUUUGUUUCUAAAGCUGUAUUCGUGUCUCCAUCUACUGUUGAUUAUAUAGUAUGCAGAUUUGUUGAAUUCUUCUCACCACACAUAUCUCUGACUACUGACAGCACUUUGAUGAUGCUGUACCCAGACACAAUGGACUGAGUCAUUCCGAUCAGCAUGGAUGAUACUAUAAGUGGUACCACCACCACCUUGCUAUCAGCUGUCUGUUGGCCCUUCAGGAUUACUCCUGUAAUCAUCUCAAGCAUGGCUGAUUCACAUAUACAGUGCAUUUUUUUUUUACAAUUCAUGGUCACACCAAAAUGGAGGACCACUACUACCUGCUGAGAUUGCUGGUGUGUGUCUGAUGUUCCGUCUCUGCUAUGAAUCUUCAGUGAUCAAGCCGUCUUCUGGACUGAAGACCUCCACUCCUCUUCACUGGCACUCCCAACCCUUUAAGACCUGCUAUUUGUAGGACAUGCUCUAAAAACUGACUCUACUGGUGCUUCGACACACCUGACUGUAAUUCUGUUGUCUUGUUGUCAGUCAAGAGAGAAAGGGAAAUAAGCUUUAAGAUUUGCUAUUCUCUUGUUAAAUGUACUCCUUUUUUGUACUAAAAAAAAGAAUUUUGAGACAUUUGUGCUCAUGUGCCAUGCCACCUUGGCCACACAUGUCAAGAUUCGUAUGUGUGUGUGUGUGUGGAUGGUGAACAGAGUCAAACCAGGAGACUUUCAGUCACGUAUGUUUAAAGAGUGAAUUGCAGCAGUCUUAAUAUCCUUAAAAUUUCCAAAAUAUUGUUGUUUACUGUUAUGUUCAGUAGACUUCUUGGAAAGCUUCCUAAAGAUUAAGUAUUUUGGUUCAUAUUAAUUACUGUGAUGUUGAAAUUUGUUUGAAAGGUAAAACGUUAUUGGUUCAGCCAUUCAGCAUACUGACCCGUCAGGUCCUAUACAUAUCUUGCAGAAUGUAAAAAUUGUUGUUCAUCAAAGAUCUUAUAAUAGCUGUAAAGAGGGGUGAAAAAGCUGUACCGUAUUUGUCAUGCGAGGCCAUGAAAUCUUCUACGUAGAUGUAUCACUUGGGGGGAAAAAAUAAAAUUCAAAUGCAGUGUUUUA